CAUGCGACUCUGAGUGAAACAUCUCGACACGACAUUUUCAUCUUAUUUACUGAGUCGAUCGCUGAGGAUUUAUAAAAACAAGGGUCAGGAUGGUGAACUGCUGUGGUCUCGUGUGUGAAAAAAAUGAGCCAGUUCCUCUGAAGAGCAUCUCAGUGCAGCUUCAGGUUAAGAAUCACGUGGUCUCCGUCAGCUCCAGUCUGCAGUAUGUCAAUGAGGAGGAGCGCCCCCUGGAGGCCGUGUUCGUCUUCCCGCUGCCCGCCGACGCCGCCGUGUGCCACUUCAGUGCCAGGAUCGGAGAGCAGGAGAUCGUGGCGGAGCUGCAGGACAAACAGAGCGCGCGGGAUCAGUAUGAUGAGGCUGUGAGUUCGGGUCAGCAGGCGUUUCUGCUGGAAGAGAGCGAUGAGAGUUGGGAUGUGUUCAAACUGAGUGUCGGGUGUUUGUCUCCGGGUCAGAACGCCGUCAUCACCAUCGUCUAUGUGAUGGAGCUCAGCGUUCAGGCCGACCACGCUCUGUGCUUCUGUCUGCCGGCUGUACUCAACCCCAGAUACACACCUACAGCUUCAGCCACAGGUGUUCCCGAAGUUUCCUCAGCAUGUGUUAUUCCCUACACACUGUCUCUGAGUGUCGAAGUGAGAUCUUCUGACCGCAUCUCCAGACUGGAGUCCAACUGCCCUCUGGAUCCUCUGGUGUUCCUCGACUCUGACCACACUCACGCCACGGUGAAUCUGAGUGCUGGUCACCGGUUUGAUAAGGAUGUUGAGCUGCUUCUGUACUAUGAGAAUACCCAUCAUCCCACUGUUGUCAUGGAGGCCGGAGCAUCCGAGGCUCAGCCAGGCUCUCUGAUGGGCGACCCGGUGCUCAUGAUCAGCUUGUACCCAGAGUUCCCUGCAGAAAUAAUGUCAUCAUUGGCGUCUCGAGGCGAGUUUGUUUUUGUGGUUGACAGAUCCGGCAGUAUGGGCAGCGCGAUGCAUCAUGGGAAAGACUCACAGAUGCGCAUCGAAAGUGCAAGAGACACGCUGCUGCUGCUGCUGAAGAGUCUGCCCAUGGGAUGCUACUUCAACAUCUAUGGAUUCGGCUCUGACUUUGAGUCCUUCUUCCGUCAGAGUGUUGUGUACAGCGAGGACACGAUGGAAGAGGCUCUAAAGAGAGUGAAGAACAUGAGGGCAGACAUGGGCGGCACAGAGAUCCUCCAGCCGCUGAAACACAUCUACAGUCAGCCCUGUCACCCGGAUCACCCCCGACAGCUGUUCAUCUUCACGGAUGGAGAGGUGUGGAACACUAAAGAGGUGCUGGAUCUGGUGAAGAGUCACGUGUACUCUCACAGGUGUUUCUCCUUCGGGAUCGGUGAGGGUGCGAGUACGGCUCUCAUCACAGGAAUGGCCAGAGAAGGUUCUGGUCACGCUCAGUUCAUCACAGGCACUGACCGCAUGCAGCCCAAAGUGAUGCAGUCGCUCAGGUUUGCUCUCCAGCCGGCUGUGGAUAAUAUCUCUGUGGACUGGACCCUUCCUGAGGGCGUUACGGUGGACAUGCUGUCUCCACCCAUCAGUGCUCUGUUCCAGGGUCAGAGGGCGCUCAUCUACGCUCAGCUGAAAGGACAGAGUUCAGGAACGACAAGAGCAGCAGUAACUCUGAACUACAGGCUGAAAGAUCAACCAGUGACUAACCUGCUCCAGUUUACUCUGAAACCAAAGGAAGACACAGGAUGGACGAUCCAUCGGCUGGCGGCCCGGUCUGUGAUCCGCUCUCUGGAGCUGGAGGAACGGGCCGGAGGAGCAGACGCCGAGGCCAUCCGGAGCAGGAUCGUGGAGCUCAGUGUUCAGGCAGGAGUGAGCAGCGUUCACACAGCCUUCGUCGGCGUCAAUAAAGACAGCAAACAGACGGUGAAAGGGCCGCUGCUGCAGAGGAGAGUGCCAGUACAGAGUUUGUUUCGACAGUCUGUCCCUGGGAUGAGAAUACAAGGAAUGGCAGCUUCCAUCUUGCUUUGUUCUGCACAGUCAAUGGCGGCUCCUCGAUGGGCAUUUCAAUGUGAAAUGUUGUCUGCUGAUGUCAUGAUUCAGUCUGAUGCUACGUCACAUCAGGAACCCGAGCCCCGGACCGACCCUUUGCUCCAGCUGGUCUCUCUUCAGAAGGCUUCGGGAUGCUGGGAACUGAACACCACUCUGGCUGACGUGUUUGGGAAGACGGAGGAAGAGGUGACCAAUCACAGACCAGCACAGGUGGACGGGUCAGUGUGGGCCACCGUUCUGGCUCUGAUCUGGUUAAACACAUGUAGAUCAGAUGACCAGAUUGAGUGGCAGUUUGUGGCCAUGAAGGCGGCGGCGUGGAUCCGCUCUCAGAAACCGGACGGCCUGUCUCAGUGUGUGUUUGAGGGGAACGCCCUGUUGGGAGGUCAUGUGACUGAAGACAUGCUGGGAAUCUGAAGACUGAAGAAUCUUGUGUUCAUAAAUCCAGUGUUUUGCUGUGUGUUAAACUGCACAGAUUGUGUCAGUACCGAACUGAUUUAUUAAAGGUGCAGUAAGCAAAUUCUGAGAAA